AUGGAGGAAGCUGGAACCCAAGUUUCUGGAAAAAAAACUAACCCGCGCGAUAGAUCGAAUGCUUUGUCAAAUCUACUAUUUUGUUGGCUUCUUCCUUACUUUGUAAAGGGUUACAAAAGAGAACUGACCGAAGAUGAUAUGUACUGGCAUAGAAAGGUUCAUGAUUCUAUAGACCUCGGAAAUAAACUGGAAAGAAGAUGGAAGAAGCAUCUAGAAAAUAACAAAAAACCAUCCUAUUUAAAAGUGUUAGUUGGAACAUUCUUUUGGGAAAUUAUUUUAUUGAAUAUCCUAGCAAUCAGUGUUGAAGCGGUAAGGAUGGUCCAACCAUUUUUAAUAUCAAAACUCCUCUUAGUCUACGAAGGGGAUACAUCAGGAGGAGCAAAUGAGAUCUACAUAUAUUCCAGCCUCAUCGUUUUUUCCCAAUUGCUCUGCGUCCUCAUGAACCACUCGUUCAUCAUGUCCAUAAUGCAAGUAGGCAUGAAGAUGAGAAUAAGCUCUUGUUCCUUGAUCUAUAGAAAAUCAUUGAAGCUGAGCAAAUCUGCGUUGGCUGAAACUACUAUCGGUCAGAUGGUUAAUUUGUUGUCGAAUGAUGUUGGUAGAUUUGAUACAGCCACUCAUCAUCUUCAUUUCUAUUACUUGGCGCCUAUACAAACGCUGGUGGUUAUGUAUUUGUUGUAUGUCAAUAUUGGUUUGGCUUCGUUAUCUGGAGCUGUUUUUUUGCUACUAUCUAUUCCAUUGCAAUCUUGGCUGGGUCAAAAAACGUCAAAAUACAGGCUUCGAGUAGCUGAAAGAACCGAUGAAAGAGUAAGACUGAUGAACGAAGUGAUAUCUGGAAUUCAAGUAAUCAAAAUGUAUACGUGGGAAUACCCGUUUGCUAAACUUGUAGAAUUCGUCAGAAUGAAAGAAAUGAAGUACAUUCGUCUAACUUCAAGAAUCAGAGCUAUCUUAAUGUCAAUGGCACUAAUGAUGAACCGUUCAGCUAUCGCCAUUUCCAUAGUAGUUUAUGCAUUUACCGGCAACCCACUCACAGCCGCCUACGCGUAUACAGUAACAUCAUAUUACAAAUUGCUCUAUACAUUAACGAUGUUCUUCCCGCAAGCCAUUUCUCAAGGAUCGGAACUGAUCAUCUCUAUAAAAAGAAUAAAAACCUUCUUACUAUUUGAUGAAAUUGAGUUGGAGAAAGACACUAUUAGAAACAGCUUGGUGGUUAACGGGCUCAAACCAACAUCAGAGCCUUUACUUAAAGGAGCCGAAGCCUACAUUAGAAUCAAAAAUGCCUCCGCCAAAUGGUUAAAAUCGCUACCAGACAAUUGUUUAGACGAUAUUAAUUUGGAUAUUAAAGCUGGCAAUUGUGUUGCUGUAGUAGGACCUGUAGGUAGCGGAAAAUCCACUCUGUUGCACGUUAUUAUGAAAGAAUUGAAUCUCCAAAGUGGUUCUGUUGAGGUUAAAGGUUUGGUAUCUUACGCAUCUCAAGAACCGUGGUUGUUUGGAGGAAGCGUCAGACAAAAUAUCCUAUUUGGACAGGAAUUUGAACAAAAAAAAUAUGACGAAGUAAUUAGAGUGUGUGCACUUCAAAGGGAUUUCACCCUAUUCCCUCACGGGGAUAGAACCUUAGUAGGAGAAAGAGGCGUAUCUCUAAGCGGUGGUCAACGAGCUAGAAUCAACUUGGCAAGAGCAGUCUAUAAGGAAGCAGAUAUUUACCUUCUAGACGAUCCUCUAUCAGCUGUAGACACUCAUGUAGGAAAACAGCUAUUUGAGAAAUGCAUAACGAGUUAUCUCAACAAAAAAUGUGUCAUACUGGUUACCCACCAACUGCAGUAUCUGAAAAAAAUUAAAAAAAUAUUUCUAAUGAAAGACGGUAGAAUCGAAAUAUCGGGAUCUUAUGAAGAUAUCAGAAACUCCAAUAAUGAAUACAGCAAACUGCUCGCUAACAUCGAAGAAGAGGAGGAGGAAGUUAGACGGAAGUCCAGGAUCGCUGUAGUUAAAGCAGAAGAGGAAGAAGUUGAUGAUAUCCAGGUAUUGCAAAGAGAAGAUAAAGGUACCGGAAAUAUAUCGGGUCGUGUGUAUUUGAGCUAUGCCAGAGCCGCUGGAAAUCUUAUUAAAGUUUUUCUUCUGAUUUUUGCUUUUGUUCUCAGUCAAGUUUUGGAUAGUGUGUCGGAAUAUUUCGUCACGUUUUGGGUAAAUAUCCAGCAAUGGAAGUCACAAAAUGCUGCGAAUAAUACAAAUUUUUUAGAAUUCAAUACUACAGAAACAAGUUUAUCAUUGCUUAAUUUAACAACCACUCUAUCCCCCCCAAUUCAACAAGAUGACCCUUUCGGAGACUGGUGGUUGACUCCAGUUUUUACCAGCGAUUAUGUCGCUCAUUAUUUUUCCGCAACUGUGAUUCUUGUUGUAAUCAUAGUAGUUAUCAGAUCUUUGGCCAUCUAUUCAUGGUGCUUAACGGCUUCUACAACACUGCACAACAAGAUGUUCGCCAACAUCGUCUACAGUCCAAUGAGAUUCUUUAAUUUAAAUCCAUCUGGAAGAAUUUUGAAUCGUUUUUCUAAAGAUAUUGGUACUUUGGAUGAGGCGUUGCCCAUGACUUUAUUGGAUACAGUGCAGAUUGGUCUGAGUGUCGCAGGCAUCACUUUGGUAAUAGGCAGUUUAACAGUUUGGAUCAUGAUUCCCACCAUAUUGAUCGGUAUCCUCUUCUACGUCAUGAGAGUUAUCUUUCUCGAAACCAGUAGGGAUGUCAAAAGAGUUGAAUCAGUUACUCGAAGUCCAAUUUACACUCACCUCACAGCUUCGUUGACUGGUUUAACAACUAUAAGAGCGUUUAAGGCUCAAGAAAUACUUAAAAAUGAAUUUGACAAGUACCAAAACCUACACAGUGCUGCAUUCUUUAUGUACCUUGGCGCCAAUAGGACUUUCGGUUUUUGGUUGGACUUUAUUUGCGUGAUAUACAUUGCUUUGGUAAUUGUUGCUUUAUUGUUUCUCAAAAGUGAACAAUUUGGUGGCAAUAUGGGGCUAGCUCUAACUCAAGCUAUGGGUCUCACUGGUAUGUUCCAAUGGGGUAUGCGACAAUGGAGUGAGCUAGAAAACCAGAUGACGUCCGUAGAAAGAGUCCAAGAAUACGCAGACUUAAAGCAAGAAGAAGAAAGUACAACUUACGAACCCCCAGCCAGCUGGCCCUCUAAGGGCGAAGUAGAAUUCAGCGAUAUGUCUUUACAGUACUCACCAGACGAUCCACCUGUGCUUAAAAAUCUCAGUUUUCUCAUAAAACCAAAAGAAAAAGUUGGUAUUGUUGGUAGAACAGGUGCUGGAAAGUCUUCUUUGAUCCAGGCGCUCUUUAGAUUGGCCUAUAUAGAUGGGAAGAUUCUUGUUGAUGGUGUUGAUACCAAAACAGUUUCUUUAAAGAAACUUAGAUCCGAAAUUGCUAUUAUACCCCAAGAGCCUGUGCUAUUUUCUGGAACUUUACGAAAAAAUUUGGAUCCGUUUGAUGAGUAUAAAGAUGCGGAUCUUUGGAAUGCACUGGACGAAGUAGAACUCAAGCACGCUGUAAACGAAUUACCAGCAGGUCUGGACAGCAAAAUGGCAGAAGGUGGUUCGAAUUUCAGCGUGGGCCAACGACAACUUGUCUGUCUAGCUCGAGCUAUAGUACGAAAUAAUAGAAUUCUAGUCUUAGAUGAAGCCACAGCUAACGUAGAUCCGCACACUGACGCCUUAAUCCAAAUGUCUAUUAGGAAAAAGUUCGCUAAUUGUACGGUGCUAACUAUAGCCCACAGGCUGCAUACCAUCAUGGAUUCUGAUAAGGUUCUGGUUAUGGAUGCUGGAAGAUCUGUAGAAUUCGACCAUCCUCAUACUCUUUUGCAGGAUAAGCAGGGUAUAUUCUAUUCCUUAGUGCAACAAACUGGAAGAGCUACGGCCGUUAACUUAACAGCUAUAGCAGAAAAUAGUUAUAAAUUGAAAAUCGAUUUAGCAUCU